CAACUUUAACCCUUAGACAAAGGAAGGAUUUCUAUUUAUUUCUCUAUGCUUUAACCUAAAAUGUAAUAAAAACAAUAAUCCCCAAAUAAAAACAAUUUCAGUACAAAAAAGUGUCCUACUUGGAAUGGAAUCGACAGUAAUGUCUCUAGAAAAUACUUGACUGUAUUGUAACAUUAUAUGCAAUUAACAGAUAACAAAGUUAAAUACAAUGAAAAUCGAAGAUAUUGAAGAGAAAAUUAAAAAAUACGAACUCUAUAUUGAAGAAGACCUUAAGAACGAUUUGAAGAAAGUGGAUGAUACCCUACGAUUGAAAAAUAGUAUGUAUCAAGAAUGGGAGGAAGUUGAAAAUAUGUCAAAAACUAUUCAGGAGUUCAACGAAAAAGAUAGGGAUAUGCUUUUGAAAUUGGAAUUGGGAGAUGGUGUAUUAGUUCAAGGCGAAGUAACAAAUUUUAACGACGUCUUUGUUGACAUAGGACUUGGACAUAUCCUAAAAAUGGAACCUGUGGAAGCUAUAAAAUAUGCAGGAAUUAGAAAAAACAUAUUAAAAAAAGAAGUUGAUCAUAACCGAAAACUUGCUGUGGAAAUAAAAACCCGUAUCAAGUUUACUCUAUUAGCUAUAAGUGAAUUACAAUCUACAAUUUUACCUCCUGAACAAGAGAAAAAAAGAUAAUGUUCUGUAAACCAGUAUUCAUUAAUGAAAAUUAAUAUGAUAUUUCCACCUACACUUAAUAUGUUUUUCAUAAAUACAAAUUUGAGUGAAUUAAAAUUAGUAGGAUUAAUGCCUAA